ACUGAUUAUUUCGCGGGUGUUUGGGCGACAUAACGUCGCGGCAGUUUAACAACUGAUUAAUGUGUUAUUUCUUUAGUAAGCGGUCAAGGUCAAUUUUAUUGCACGAGCUUUGAAACGUUAAAUCGCACAGAGUUAAAUAUAGCGCACUGAAGCAAGACUUCACUAACUUUCGUUGAAAAAAAAGCAAACUUCAGAAAUCAUCGCAUUAUUUUGACAAUUGGAUUUCCGUUUUUAGCCCACGCGUUCAUCCGAAUCAACAAUCCUGUCAUGUUUGUGCCAGAUGCUGCCAUAAAAUUCACCGAACUGCGACAGUCUUUCGUGUGUAUUUCAACGAAAUAUUCAAUUUCUCUCCUGCUGUCGACGCCUUGGGUAAAAUAACGCUGAAGACGAGACGUAGAGAUCGCGUGGGUUUUCAGCAAAACGAUUAAACUUUGAUCUGACACUGUCUAGAUAAACCUCAAAUUUAAAUUCCAGUACAGUUAUGUAAACAAAAAUUACCCCGACUUGACUUCGAAGUUUUAUUAGAAGAGGAAAACAAAAAGAGAAACUUCUUCCUUCUUCUAACUUUUAAUGUGUCUAUUAUGUUACUCCAUGCACUUCUUAUCGCAUGCAGAAUUGGACCAGAACAUCGGAAAUGUUCAAAUAUUGUACUUUGUUAUAAUUCCGACCACCAGAUACAGAUUCUUAUCACUUCAUCUUAUUCCAGAAAAGUCUUUCACGAAAAAGCUCUUCUCUUAUAGCACUUCUAAAUCUUUAAAUGUGAUAUCUUGACGCGUUUUGGUCAUGAAAUCUAAGUGCUGUUAUCUUUAAAAAUACCAAACAUAUAAAUAGAUCAUGAAGAAUGUAAAUACAAAGAUUUGCGCUCGUUGUUUGAAUUUUAGUAAUCCUGAUCUUGGUCUGUUUGUGUUAAUCUUCCAUUGUAAGGCUAUUUACAUUGAUUUUCCAACACAAGCAAUAUUGGGUAUUAUAUUGGCUUUCUUAGUUGAACAAACCGUGGAAUUUUGGUUCGAAGAAAAGAUUUUAGUGAACGCCACAGGAUAAAGAUCAGUUGGGGGUACGCAGACUACGUCGCACAAACAAAGUGGGUGAAAAACUCUGAAGAAGGGAAGGAAACAACUAAAUCAAGACAGGUCCAAAUUUAGACAGAGUGAUAAAGCUAGUUACAUGAGUAGUCAAUGCAAAAUUUAUGUGACGAUAUUACCAUGUCUGUCAAUUAAGCCAAGGCUUAAAAUUUGGAGGCGUGAUUAAUCUGUAAUAGAACCGUGCUCUUCUUUUUUCGCUUCUCCAGUUUGGGGAAAAAAAAAAGAUCACAGAACUUUUAUAGGCUCCAUCAAGUAGUUAAGUAGGAUGCAUAUGGGUUCUAAUUAAGAGCAUCAAACCCGUUAUCAAGAAAAUUUACCUCCAACCGCAUGUCCUUAAAGACUUAAAGAAGCUUAGGGUGUGCUAUUGUGACGUCACAUAGUUUUAAGCAAAAGUUACAAAGGGGUCAGAACCGAGGUCGGUACAAAACAAGUGCUUCAAAGGAAGUCAUUUAAAAUAUGCAUACCUCCACGUGUAAUACCAGCCGAUUUGAUUACUAUGACAGCGUUUUGCUUGAGUGAUUCCUGCUUCGAUGGUUUGAGUGUUUGUGUUAGCUCUGUUACAGAGUGUGCUUUUAAUCAGACACUCUGGACUCAGACAUGACUAAGGAGAGAAAGACGUCUUCACCAGUUGAACAAGGAUCGCAUUUACACAUGGCUAUCAAGUUGUUGAAAGCGGAAAAUGCGAACCUCGAGAAGAUAAUAAUUUUGCUGAAGACCGAGAACCAAAACAUGCAGCGUAAGAUGAAGGAACUCGAAUAUCAGAACGACAGGUUUAAAAUCACGCAAAAUCAGCUAAAAGCGGAGUUGAAGAGGGAAAAGGAAAUGGUGAGGUAUUUACAUAAUGUGAACAAGAAAUACGAGCGAACGCUUCAGAAGAAAGAAGCAGAGAGCAGACAGCUGCGCAAAGAGGCUAAAGAAGCUGAGAUGAGGAGCCUCAAACGAGAAACCAAAGACGUAAACAAUAACGCAAAGGAAACCGGCAAAGACACGGAAAUCCGACGACCGCAGCCACCUAAACGAUCGGACUCGUUCAAAAGAAACAAGGAUCUUGCGGCUAUAAAAGCGGAUCAAGGAAUCACUACCGUGAGCAACCAAAACGCUAAUUUAAAACCAAAACAACCGGCUCAAAUCACGCCCGCAAUCAAACAGUCGAACUCAAGCGACGACAUAACUUGCGAAUGGGAAGACGUUACGGACGUUUUGGGCUUCUUAAAUGAGAAGGUCAAUCAGUUCGAGCGGUUACUUCUGGAGACUGGAGGCUCGAGCAAGUCGGGAUCUGGCUCAGGAUAUUCCUCGUCCGACUCAAUGACAUCCACCAAGUAAAGUGUGCAUGAAUCACCCGGCUGUAACUUGUAUGCAACUUGUCUUUUAUACUUCAACCCACGUAGAUAUCACUAUUGCUCCAUGUAUAGCCUCACGAACUAGAAAAAGGGUUUUCCUCAGGUUUCGCUGCUAAGUAUGUUUUAUUUUAAUUAGUAAAGCAAGUAGCUGUGACCUUUUUCAAAACAAACACCAAUUGUCUUUUAAAAGUGUACUUCAGUAUGUGACAUUUUACUCCAGCUGUCAAAGGGGCUUAUUAACUCGACUGAGGUAUAAUAUUUACUAACAACAGCGAACAAAAUGGAAGAAAUAAUGCAAAGGUCAAGAGAGCUUUUUUUUAAUGCUCCAAUGAUUACAAGACGUGUGUAUUUGUUCUGCAGCAUGACCCCAUAUUCAUUACAGUUUUAAAAAAUGUACUGCGCUGUCUUCAGAUAAUAUUAGUAGGAAUUAUGCAAAUAAUUAACGCAGUUUACAGCCAGGUGUUUAGUUUCUUCGUAAAUAUGAGUGGAUUAUGAGUUCAGGGCGUGACAGAAAAACGUGCGUAACGCAAAGGAAACCAAUCUGAACUCUUAAGAGUGGGAGUCGAAAUAGGCUCGGUGUACAAAUUAAAUUAUCUUUCAGUAUCACAGAUCCAUGAUUAUAAGCUUCUCAAGAGAUCUUAAAUGUAUAUUAAACGUUUGCAAAAGAA